AUGCGAUGUCGAUCGUACAACGUUUCUGUUGGAGGCCCAGAACAUUCGACAGUGACUACUCAGAAACGACUCUGCACUACAAAUGGUCCCCUGCUAGCCUGGUUGAUCGCCCAUUUGUUCAUCAAUCUUGCAGCUUUGAUUGCCAUUCAAACGUCCAGAUAUCGUGCCAUCAUACCAUAUAUCAGUGCCGCUGUUGUAGAUCUCCUGAUGGCAUCUGCAUAUUUUGUUGUACUUCUUGUUCAAAUGAUUCGUGGAGAACAGAUUGAUCCUGUUCUCGUGGUGUUCAUCGUGGUCGUUGUGAUAUUCAAAUCGUAUAGUGUUUAUUGUUCUCGUCGACUUUACUGGAUACUUCAAUCGGUAUUUGAUCGCCGUUACUCUACCCGUACAAUGAUCGUCAAAGACGACUCGGUCUUUCAAUUUUGA